AUGGCAAGGGCAAUACUAGAAAGAAACAAGGAGUAUUCAAAGAACUGUAAUGUUCAAUGGAAUGGUGUGAAUGAUUUUGAGAUUAGUGAUGGUGAAUACUCAUUUUUUGUUGACUUGGAGAAGAAGCAUUGUGACUGUAGGUUGUGGAUGUUGAGAGAUCCUGAUCAACAUGUAGAGCACUGGUAUAUGAAGGAAACAUUUCUCAAGGCUUACAAUCAUUUCAUCCAAUCAAUACCCAAUACGAGAAUGUGGCCUAAAACUACAAAUCCAUCAAUAGAGCCUCCAAAAUCAAGAAAAAUUCCAGGAACACCUGGCAAGAAGAGAAGAAAGAGCAAGGAUGAGCCCAAAAAAUGGGGAAAAAAUUCCAGAAAAGGAGUAAAGGUGACAUGUUUCAUUUGCAAGAAAACUGGUCAUAACAAAGUUGUGUGUGCAAGAGUUAGAACACAAAAAACUGUUUGUCCUGAUACCAGUUCUGUGCCAAGAAUUGUGCCAAGAACUACCCAAACAACAUCUACAAUGGGAGGUCCAUCUACAAUGGGAGGUCCAUCACAUUCGACUUUCAGAACCACAUAUGCAACUACACAAUCAAGUCAACCAACUUCUAUUUGUGCUGACACAACAUCUGUGCCAAGUCCUGCUCAAAAUAGGGUUCAAGUUGGAACAGGAAGAGGAUUGGAAAGAAAAAAAGCUAAUGCAAGAGGAACCCCAUUUGUUACAGAAAGGGAUAGUUCUUCUAGUGAAUUGCCACCUUUAUCAGGUCACAAGAGACCAUACAGUUCUGCCUCAUUUGCUGCUGCUACUGGAGAAAACAGAAGGCCUGCAACUGGUUUUGGUGUUUACUCUAAUCCAACAACUGGAGCCCAAGUAUUUAAUCCUGGUACAUCAAGUGAGAAGAUUCUACGUGGGCCAACAACAUUGAAGAGUGCUUCACCAACCAAUAUAGACAUUGAUUUUAAACCCCGUGGCCUAAAAUGGAAGGAAAAAGAUGCAGUCAGCACCUCACAGUUACAACAAAUGAAAGCUAAAAAAAAAAAACUGGGAGUAGUUCAUUUGGGAAGUUGUUAUGAUUUUGGCCCAUGUUAA